AUGCCUUCUGUGAAUGAUAAUGUCAAUGCUCCUAUCGCCAAGCGACAGAAGCGAGUCUCCAAAGGCACCAAUGUCGGACAACGAGGCUCAAAGAUCUUCGCGCCUUUCCGCACAUUAGGAUUGGUAUCCCCAACACCGGUGCCAUUUACCUCGGUGCGCCUGGGUAAAUCGACCUACCAAAUUACGACCUCUGUGGGACACUCUCUGCAGACAUACGACCUGCGCAAAGGACUGAACCUGGUCUUCUUAAGUCGGCCGCAAACUCCAGAGAUUAUUACAGCAACAUGUGCGUGGCAGGACAAGGUUUUCGCGGCGUGGGGUCAUCUUCGCUCGCAAUCCACCGGAGGAAUCUGGGUGUUCAAGCGUGGUAAAAAGGUCGCGGCUCUGUCAGGUCCGGCGGAUCUGAAAGGCCCCAUUGAGCGAUUGGUGGUUUUCGGUUCGUGGGUAGUUGGCUGUUGGGCUGGAGGCAUUGAGGUCUGGAAGACAGGCACUUACGAGCACUAUGCCAGCAUGCGACCCCAGGCUGGUCAGGGCUCCUCCUACACUGGUGUCAUGUGCAACAUGCCCACCUAUAUCAACAAGGUCUUUGUUGGUCGAGCGGACGGUGCGAUCGAUAUCUGGAACCUACGCAGCGGCAAACUCAUCCAUACGCUGCCCCCUACCUCCCCUGACGCUGGGCCUGUGACAGCCAUUCAACCUACACCAGCUCUCUCACUUGUCGCCGUUGCCUACAAGAGCGGCGCACUCGCAAUCCAGAAUGUCAGCUCUGGACAACUAGUUUUGAAGUUGAAGAAUGCAUCUUCCCGGGGUCUUCCCGUGACAUCCAUUACAUUCAGAAGCGACGGGCUGGGUGCCGGCCAUGACGGUCGCAGUGCGGGUAUCAUGGCUACUGUCUCGAGUGGAAGCGGCGACGUUACCAUGUGGGACCUGAACAACGGAGGUCGCAUCGCGGGUAUCCUGCGUGGGGCUCAUCGUGUUUCGAGCGGUGAACGGGCCAUGGGUGCGAACCGUGUCGAGUUCCUGGAUGGACAGCCGGUGAUUGUGUCUUCGGGCGACGACAAUUCCUUGAAGACAUGGAUCUUUGACACCAUCCCCUUCUCGCCGAUUCCUCGGCCUCUUCAUAUCAGAAAUGGUCACUCCGCCUCUGUUAGCGCUCUUGACUUCCUGCCCGGGUCGUCUGACGGAUCUGAUUCGUCCGGCAAGUGGCUGCUGAGUGCCAGCAAGGACUGCAGCCUCUGGGGACUCAGUCUGCGCAAGGAUAGCCAGCACACUGAGAUCUCCCAGGGCAACCUCGAGCGCAAGGCCAAGAAGGCAGGCCCAUCGACCGGAUCAAGCCCCAUGUCAUCCGAGGAGCUGAAAGCCCCUGAAAUUACUUGCAUUUCUAGCAGCCUGAAUCGUGAUGGUGGAAUGGGCAUCACUACAUCUGGCCCGAUCUGGUCAAACCCAAAGGUGACAAACGCCGAUGCUUCUAACACAACAGGCUGGGAAAGCGUGGUAACUGGUCACCGAGGUGACAAAUUUGCACGUACCUGGUUCUGGGGUAAAAAGAAGGCAGGCCGCUGGGCAUUCCCGACAAGCGAUGGAACAGAAGUCAAGAGUGUGACGGUGUCCCAUUGUGGAACUUUUGCAGUCAUUGGAUCUGCAGGAGGAUCUAUCGAUAUGUUCAACAUGCAGUCCGGCCAGCACCGACAGAGCUUCCCGGCUCGUCUGCCAGCUUCACGCUCUAAGGUUGGUGCGCUGGCCACAGCAGCCGUAUCUUCCAAGCACACCAAGGCGGUUACCGGUUUGAUGGUCGACAGCCUGAACCGUACCGUCGUCAGCUGUGGCUUGGACGGCAAAGUCAAGUUUUGGGACCUGCUCUCCGGAAAGUUCAUCGAUGAGCUCGAUUGGAAUCCGAUGACCGCCAUUACUGGACUCCGUUACAACAAGGCGAGUGAAUUAGUCGCAUUCAGCUGCGACGAUCUCUCCAUCCGCGUGAUCGAUCUUGAGACCAGGAAGCUCGUCCGUGAAUUCUGGGGAUGCGUGGGCCAAGUCAAUGAUUUUAUUUUCUCCAACGAUGGACGCUGGAUCAUCGCAGCCUCCAUGGACUCAGUGGUCCGAGUGUGGGAUCUGCCCACGGCUCACUUGGUGGAUAUCUUCCGCGUAUCGAGCACUUGUGUUGCUCUGGCAAUGUCAUCAACAGGUGAAUUCCUUGCUACUGCGCACGCUGGAAGCAUCGGCAUCAGUCUUUGGAGUAACCGCAGUCUUUUCAUGCCUAUCUCCACCAAGAACCUGGAUGAGACCACCAUCGAAUCCAUUAGUCUUCCGGCAACUUCGGGAGAAGGCGGUGCGGGUCUGAUUGAAGCAGCCUUCGUCGAGCCGACCGAGGAAGACGAAACCGAUGGCCCAGUUUUGACAACUGACCAGCUUUCGAAGGAUAUGAUGACACUGAGUCUUGUCCCCAAGAGCAGGUGGCAGGCACUUGUUCACUUGGACACCAUCAGAGAGCGCAACCGUCCCAAGGAAGCCCCCAAGGCUCCCGAGAAGGCUCCUUUCUUCCUUCCCUCUCUCCUCGACAAAAGUGGUCCAGAUUCAGCUCAAACUGGCUCGGAGCUGGACAGCGACAUCGGGUCGCUGGCAAAGAGCGCCGAGGCCGAACGACUGCGAAUCGCCAAGGUGCAGAAUGGCCAGAACCCUGGCUCUAUCCAGUCUACCUUCACGCGCACUUUGGCUUCUGGCCACCAGUCCGGCAACUUCGACUCAUUUGUCGAUCAUCUCAAGUCCCUGUCCCCGGCCAAGGCCGAUCUUGAGAUCCGCUCCUUGGAUCCCCGGGUGCGCGAUGGGCACUCCGAGCUCUCUGAUUUCGUUACUGCCCUGACGUGUCGUCUGAAAUCCAAGAGAGACUUUGAAUUAGUCAAUGCUUGGAUGGCGGUGUUCUUGAAGAUCCAUGCCGACACUGUUGGCUUAAGUUCCCACCGUGAUGAGCCCGAGUAUCGUCUGUUGCAAGGUGCUCUGGCAUCUUGGGCCCAGGAGCAAGAGUCAGAGGGCAAGCGCUUGGCUGAGCUGGUGGGAUACUGUCGUGGAGUGGUUGGGUUCCUGCGCUCCGCGCGGUAG